AUGGAUGCACUUAAGAAAAGGAACAUUGAUAGGGGGGACCAAUCUUGCGUCUUCUGUGGAGAUAGUGACGAAUCGGUAGAACAUCUUUUUUCUUCAUGUAACUUUUCAUCGACGGUUUGGUCUAUAGUUUCCUCGUGGUGCAAGAUUCCGUGUAUUUGGGGGUUUUCGGUGAAGGAUUUGCUUGAGUAUCAUGACUUGUCCGGUCUCAAGGGGAAGAAAAAAGACAUAGUUCAAGGUAUUACUAGAAUUGGGUGUUGGAUUAUUUGGAAGGCUAGGAACGAGCGCAGAUUUAACAAUAAGCCCGUGAAGUUGGAGGAAAUCAUUAGUGAGAUCAAGUCGUAUGCCUUAUUUUGGUGUAAUGCUAGAUCAAAGGAUAAUGAUAUUAUGAGGAAAGAUUGGUGUAGUUUUGUUAAUAUGUAA